CAUGCAGGGUUUUGAAAGCCUCUUCAGAAGUAACCAGGACAAAACGAGGUCCAAAGCCAUUUGUCAUGACAAUGAAUUGAAUGUUAAGACUUUGUUGUCAAGUGGAAAGAAACAUGAAACAGGGAAUAUCUUUUCCUACAUGGAAUUAGAGACGCUCACCCUGUGUUUGGAGAGUGAGGAAAUGCAGUUUCUCUGCAGUCAAGUGGAUUUCGAUGAUGUGCAAGUUUAACCAAAAAAGUCUCUCUCUCACACACACUAAUUUUCUAUUUUAUUUUUUCCAAGUCAUGUACAAAUAUAUAAUAUACAAAAUUAAGGAGAGGAGAGAAAGUGAAGCAAAUAAAGAAAAAUAAUGAUGCACAUUUCCCUUCUCGUUCUCUGCGUAACAUAUUUAAAGAAAAUAAGUAAAUUAUAAAACAUAAAAGUACAUGGAUUUACAUUUUUCUGCACUCCAUUAUACCAUUACAUUAUAAACACUCCAUUUCCCCACAAAACUGUUGUGAGAUUAUCUGUCCUUCUUUAUUUUGAUUACCAUAGUCAGCUUUAGUCACAUUCUCUGUCCAACGUUCCAGUCUUCCAAUGUGGAAGUUCUUGUUCUUUCUCAGUUAUAACAUGGAUAUUCUUUGCCACUUGUCAGUACCUAAAUCUUUGAUGGAUCCUAAGUGUAUGAUUAAUGGAUCCACUGGGAGUAUAUAACAUGCAAUCAUUUCUAUUUCUUUUAACACCUUGCUGCAGAAUAUCUGGUUCCAAGAUAAAGAUCCAUUAAGCCCAUUAAAUACGCUGCAAAUUGGCACUAUUCAUUUUACAACUCCCAACAGAAAUCACUUGCUGUUCUAUAUGUAUGAUUAGGACAUGAUGGUAUUGGAUGCAUUAGACCUGUAUUUUAUAUGUAUGAAUGUAUUUUUAGCUUUUAUUCUCUUUUAUCUUUAUCCUAGUUUUAAUUUUUGCACUAUUUUGUAAAUUGCUUACUUUUUGUGGCAAACCUACAGUAAUAAGUGCAAUAAAUAAUCGUAUCACUAUUGCAUGAUUAACUCAACUUUGAGAUUAACACUUAUAGUUUGCUGUGGAAUAUUUAACCAGAGCCACUGUCACACAUUCAUUAAUAUAACCAAAAUCUCCUUCCCAUUUCUGCUGGUAAUUAUUUUCUUUUGAUUCUAUGUUGCUUCUCAUUCAUAUGAUUUGUUUGAUCAUUUUUGCAAGUUAUAUUUUGACACUACGUUCAAAUUCCAGUAUUUCCAGGAGAGGACCCUGUUUUGCAACUAAAAGUCUGAGUAAUAUUUCAUAACUGUAAAUAUUGGAAGGACUGUGGUCCUUUUUGUUGCCCUCUUUCAGUCUCUUCCUUUUCCUCCUCUUCCCUAACAGCUACAGACCUGCCUGGGAGCACUUAAAAAAAUGUUUUUAUUAAAAGAUUUUAUUGGGUAGCAAAGGUACAUACAGUGUCUCAGUUUUUAGUUUGCAGAGUUCUUUGUUCAGGUUAUUUAUAUUCAGUGUGAGACGUUACUGUCGUAGGCAGCAUGCAGUUGGGGGCGAGAGAAGUGAGGAGAGAGAAGAGAGGAGGAAGGGGGAGACAGCAAACUUUCAUUCUAUUACAUAGUGUACGAGUGGGGCUUUUGUGUCAGCGUCAAGUGAAUAGGUAUCCUAUUCUUAUGGGUGGUGAGAGAGACCAAAAGGCCCAGGGCGAGCACUUUGAAAUAUUGUGUCUGCUGUGUCUUUACCAGGUCAUGAGGUUCCCUUCUCCCCUUUACACCUGUCUAAAACCUGGUCCAAACCAGGUCUAAGACCGGGAGGUUAAGAAUGUGGAAAGUGAGCUUUUCAGCUUAUCACGUCCUAGAUCUCCUUUCUUCUCAGGUCUUGGGCCAGAGAUCUUCGCAGAUGGCCUCAGGGGGGAUGGCAGGCAUGCUUUGCAGGACACCUCUCUUCAUCUUCGCACUUUUGCCUUGUGCUGUCACAGGCACCCAUCUGGCUAUCAAUGGCAACACUGCUGACUACCAGCUGUCAACAAAGCCAGGCGUAGCAGAGUCCCUCGUGUGCACAGUGCACAACAACAGCCAGGGAGAAGAGCUGCUCUGGUUCCGAGGGGACACGCAGGUCGACCUGAAAGAUGGAAACAAAGUGAAUGCCAGCAGCGUCUGCAUCUACCCCGUCACUGUAGAUGACAAUGGAGUUUCCUUUACCUGCAAGUUGGCCCGAGAUGGAUCUGUCAUGAUCUCUGUGGUCCUGGAUGUCCGUUUCCCCCCCAUCCUCAGCGGAGAAGACCCUCCCCCACAGGAAGAACAGGCCGAUGUGACACUGGAUUGCCACACAAAGGCCAACCCUCCUGCUCAGAUGGCCUGGUAUAAGGACAACAGCUUUCUGACCCUGGAGAAAUCCCGUUACCACAUUUAUCAGACCAGCGAGCUCUUUCAGUUGACCAUUGCAAAGGCCCAGGUAUCCGACAAUGGGAUAUACACCUGCGUGGCUAGUUUGGAUGGGAUAACAGAGAAGAGGGAUUUCCACCUGACUGUUGAAGAAGGGAAUCUCCCUUUCCCAAUGGAGGCUGUCAUUGCUGCGGCUGUGGUCGUUUUUUUCACCAUCCUCUUUGGCAUUGUGGCUCGAUGGAAGCGGAUUGCAAAGUGCUUUGGGAUAGGGUGCAACUCGUCAAGCAACACAUUUCUGUGAAGGAAUUCCUCCACUGCAGCAAGCAAAGGAGCACCCCUGCCCAUCACCACAGAUGACAAGACCCUUCCAGCUUUUAAGGGCCCUGGUUCAGAGGCCUCUUUGAUAGCAUUUAAAAGUUGCACCCUUUCUGCUGUCUGACAGUUGCUCCUGUAGGUUUAAGUGCAUAUAUUUGGCUUACAAUUGAGAAAGUCAGGCUGGCCAGACCUUUGGUGUUUUACCAAGGUAAAAUAUUAACUUCAGGCUUGCCAUUCAAAUGCCCAAACUGCAAAUCAGGAAUGGGGAAUUUGUGUUUCUCUAGAUGCUGCCAAACCCCAUCCUCACUGACUGCUGGCUAUACUGGCUGAGGCUGAUGAGAGGUGGAGUCCUAACGCCACCCAGAGGACCAAAGGCUUCACUGUCCUUGCAGAUUAUUUAAAAAAGUAAAUAUAGAGUUAACACACUGGUUGCUGUUUUGCUACAGAGCCAGGUUCAAGGUCUUCAUGUUAACUCACAAAGCUCUAAACAACUUGGGACCAAGGUACCUUAAGGACUAUCUGAUCCUUUAUUCUCCACCUUGAUCACUGAAAUCCUCUGGUGGGCCACCUCCUGGGGGGGGUGUACUCCAUGCUCCAGAAGUUCAGCUGGUGUUCACUAGGGACAGAACCUUUCAUGUAGUGGGCUCUGCCCUAUGGAACUCACUGCCAGUAGAAGUUCAGAAGGAACCACCCCAGCCUUCCUUCAGAUGUCUCUUGAAAUUUGCACUUUUUAAACACAAUAUGAUUUUGUUCCUUUUAACCAACUAGUACUGAUUGCUGUUUCGUUGUUUUUUCUAAUUAUGCUUUACAUAUAUUUAUGUAAACAAUCAUAAAUAUUCAAACAAACAAAUAAAUGCAAUAUCAAUAGAAA